AUGACUUCUACCAUGGGCUCUCUCCUGGUCGGCCUCGUCCUGGGCGCCGCUCAGCUCGCCAACGGCUCUCCGAUGGCCGACGCCGUCUAUGUCACCCAGGUCGUCAACGCCCUCACUACCUAUUGCCCUGGUCCCACGGUCAUCACCCACGGCCCCAAGACUUACACCAUUGAGGAGGCCACUACCUUCACCAUCACCGACUGCCCCUGCACCAUCACCCACAUGGGCCCGGUCCCGACCGGAGCCGCGACCUCCGAGUGCGCGACCAACUGCGGCAACGCCUACAACACGUGCCGCGGCGCCCCCGACGCCAACCGUGCCUCGUGCGCCGCCGAGUACGCCGGCUGCUUGGGAUACAGCCCGUUCGGUCCUGAUGGGUCUUUGAUCACGCCGACCGCCUGCUCGGCCCAAAUUUCCGCCACACCGGUUCCUCUCCCCAGUCCCAUCGAGGUCGCCCCUUGCCCUGCCGCUUGCGCCGCCUCCUACGACAAGUGCCGCGGUGCUCCGGACGCCAACCGCGCGUCUUGCGCCGCUGAGUACGCCGGCUGCCUCGGCUACAGCCCCUUUGGCCCGGAAGGCUCCCUCGUGACCCCCACCGCCUGCUCCGGUGCCGCCACAGCCCCGGCUCCCGCCCCCACUGUCCCGGCCGGCGCCGAAUGCCCCGCCGCCUGCGCCGUCUCAUACGACAAGUGCCGCGGCGCCCCUGACGCCAACCGCGCAAGCUGCGCCGCCGAGUAUGCUGGAUGCCUGGGCUACAGCCCCUUCGGCUCCGACGGAUCGCUUGUCACCCCGACUGCCUGCUCCGCUGCCGUUACGACCCCGGCUCCCGCCCCGACUGGCGCGGCGCCCACUGCUCCGGCUGGCAACGAGUGUGCUCAGAAGUGCGCCAUGGUCUAUGACCAGUGCCGCAGCGACCCUAACGCCAACCGCUCCACCUGCGCUGCCAAUUACGCCGGCUGCUUGGGAUACAGCCCCUUCGGACCCGACGGUUCUCUGGUCACCCCCACCGCUUGCUCUGCCUCCGCCCCUGGAGUCGCCCAGCCUACUGGCACCGGUAUGGCUUUGCCGUCCCACGUGGUUGUCGCUGGAGCUGAGCGCGUGUCAUUUGUCAAUGUUGCCACUGCUUUGGGUGCUUGCGGUCUGGCUGCGCUUGCUCUUCUCUAG